AUGGAGGUUGUUGAACGUUUUGCACGAGAUUCUUCGGGGAUUUGUUUUCAUCUUCAUGUACACGGUCAGAAAAUUCAUCUAGAUACCCUAACGGAUGAGCUGAAGGACGGAAACGGGGACACUCUGGUAAGUACUUUAUCUGGUCUGUUGUUAUAUAUGUUUAGGCAGCAGUGACAUUGCAUUUGCGUUUAUUUUUGGGCAACGAAAAGGAAGUAUUUCAAUUUAUUGGGGAACAUUUCGGAGCUCAGGUAUCUUCAGUUCGGGUACUUGAUGAAGUCUUAAACUUGUAUUUUGGUGACAAUCCGAAGACAACACUUCUCAUUUUGAUUCGAGAUGCUGAAGAGUUCAAUCAAUUUAGGUUUGGAUUCUUGAAAGAAUUGUUUUUCGCGUGCAAAGAGGUAUUUACAUUAUUCUUUUGGUUGUAUUAUAUAUCUACACUAUCUUUAUGAUGUUUACUUAUAGUAACAGUUUGUAAAACAUUUAGAACAUCAGUUAAAUACGUUUGUAAUUUAAUUUAUUUUGUUUUAGCGUAAAGGGAAGGUAAAGUUGAUAACGAUGGGCUGUUUCCCUUGGAAGUUGAUAUCAGAUGGAUUAAAGGAGAGAUUCUAUCACAAUAUAAUGCAUUACAAGUUUGAGCCAAUGUCAACACGUAGGUUAUAGCUUUGUUAACAUAUUUUUUUGUUUAGAAAUGCUGGAAAUUUAUUGUAUGAGGGGUGUGACAAAGAAUGGCUUGGACUACGACAUCAAGACUAUACGAUACGUUUUGAGCUUGUUACCUAAAAACCUGGAUCCAUUUGUGGCGCAGAGAUUUGUAAGUUAUUUUUGUUAUUAUUUUUGAAUAUGAGAGUAUAGACUAGCUUACAGCAUUUGCAGAUUUAAAAAGCUAUAUACUUUAUAUUUUUCAGUUGAUAAAGAUCCUUCAACGAGCAAAAAUAGAAGAUGUAACGUCGAUAGUUAAAAACGAUCAAUGGAAUAGUAUUGUAAAGAGGAUUGUUGACAGUAAACCUAAAGCUCAGUUGACCGCUCAACCAGUUUAUGAUAAGUUACCACAUAUAGCGGCGCUUACACUGAUAGCAUCGUACUUUGCCAGCUACAAUCCUCCGAGUACUGAUAAGCGGUAUUUUGGUGAGGUAGGUUCUAAAGUGUUGUUGUAGAGUUGUCUGAGAUUGUAUAAAUGUUCAUAAUUUUGAGUUAUUAAUCUGAUGUUUUAUUACAGAAAGCAUCUUGCAAACGACGAGCGACGCAACGAACAGUAGUAAGAGAGAAUUACCAUGAGACCGGGCCAAAACCAUUCACAUUGGAGCGAUUAUGUUCAUUAUACACGAGUUUGAAGGCUGCUAUGAUAGCUGAAUGUGGUGAUAUAGAUGUGAGAGUACAUGUAAGUAGUCUUUCUGGAGGGAGUUUAACUAUGGAUGGAGAUUUGAUUAUUUGUUUGAGACAGGGUGUGUUUACACCGGUGUUCUAUAAAGAAAUUUAAAGUUUGUAAAAAUAUUUGAUAGUUGAGUUUUUUCUUGUUUUAGGUGCCAUUCCUUUUACAUCGUGGCCACUUGGAGAAGGUUUCGGACAUUCACAAUGUAGCAAUUCCCAAGUUUAGAUGCGUAGCUCCGUUUGACUAUGUUAACUUGGUCAAAGAGUAAGUUUAUUAUCUUUAAACAUAAAAUAUGUUAUAAUAGGUACAGACUUUGCCUUAUAUAUAGACUCUACUUUAAGACUAGCUUAUUUAAAUUGAUAUUGUUUUAGUGAGUUCCUGAAGCACGCGACAAAGAAAACGAACACAAAAGACGACAACUUUGAUCUACGACAAUAUUUACAUGAUUUCGCAUUGGAAACGCAGUAA